AUGCCGCAGUGGGAGGUCAUUGGAGGCUCUGGCACGGGAGGCAUCCUAGUGAGACAGGGUCAGGAGCUCAAGAGCCCGCAGCUGGAGAAGCGACUCGAGACUGGCUCUAUCGUGGAAGAGCUGCGACUCGUGGGCGAGCGUCUUCACUACCGACUUUUGAGAGGUGCUGGGCCUCCGGAGGGUUGGGUUAGCCUCAAGGUCUCUGGGAAGGUCUUGCUGUCGCCACUGGUGGAGGCAGAAACGGCCAGCGCCAAAGAUGAAAGUUUUGACAAAUGGCAGGUUCUGGGAGUUGAAGCUGGAUCUGAGGCUUCCAAGAAUGAAGCUGAGAUGAGACGGAUUUCCGCCCAGAAGAUCCUUUCAGCCAGCGGAAGGCCCUACGCGGUCUUGGGCCUCCAAGCGGGAGCCAGUAGCGCCGCCACGCGGCGGGCGUACCAUUGCCUGGCAUUGCUCCACCAUCCCGACAAAGGCGGCGAUGAUGCAGUCUUCAAAGCGAUUGCGGAUGCAUAUAAAGCUUUGACAGAGGCAAAGACCGAAGAAGGUGGCUGGCGAGACUUGGAAGGCCAGGCCGUUGGGCCGUGGCAGGGCCAUGCCCCCACCGCUACAAAGGGCAUCACUUGCAUGCUCUUCGACACCUUUGGGACCCCUCCGUGGGAAAGCAGAAGGCUCUACACUGGGCUCUGGCCUGAGUGUUUGAGGAGUGCGUUCGAUGUUGGGAGCUUUCGAAAGGAGAGCCCGGCAAGACAAAGCCUCCACCUCGUUUGGUGGGUGAAAUUGCCGUGGGUGGAUUCAUCAAUGAUGUUGCGGCCAUCUCGCCCUUUGGCCUUCUGA